GUCCCUGGGCUUGGCGAAUUCUGCCGAGAGCGAGCAGGCAGAGGACUCGCCAAAGCUUCCAGCUGGCCUCCUGGAAGAAGGUCACUUUCUUUUGGGCAAAGGGUUUAAUGGGAGGUAACCCUGCCAGUGUUCGCCAAGCGGCCCGGGUGGCAGGAGCCACGGGUGCUCCGGGCGGGUUGUGGCACCUGGGGCCGGGUGGCUCGCCCUAAGCUUGCUUUGACAAAGGAGUUUUGAGUUGGUCUUUUGGCUGAGCUUGCCAGGGAAGGCAGGCUCCUGCAGGAGUCUUGGAGGGUCCGUGCGGCGCCGGAUGAGGCUGAGGCGUGGCUGAAGAUGCGUUUGGCUCUGCAGACACUGCAUCGAGCAGCAGGGGACUCUGGGAGGCUGGUGCAGCCAGAAGGCAUGGCUCUUGACAGCCUUCUAGUAGAGUCUCUGGAAUUGUGCAUGUUCCCCCCUCCUCCAGCCAGUCUGUGCAGACUUGUUGCUUGCUGUGUCAUCGGGAACGCAAAGGCUGGGAAGAAGGCCCUUCCCAAAACGGACUGGUGUUGCAGGGUGAGAAGUUGCCCCCUGACUUCAUGCCAAAGCUCGUCAAGAAUCUCCUAGGAGAGAUGCCUCUAUGGGUCUGCCAGAGUUGCCGAAGGAGCAUGGAGGAAGAUGAAAGGCAGACAGGUCGAGAGCAUGCAGUGGCGAUAUCCUUGUCACACACAUCCUGCAAAUCACAGUCUUGUGGGGGUGACUCUCAUUCCUCUUCGUCAUCCUCUUCGUCAUCCUCAUCCUCGUCCUCAUCCUGCCAUGGAAACUCAGGGGACUGGGAUCCCAGCUCGUUCCUGUCAGCACAUAAGCUCUCGGGCCUCUGGAACUCCCCACACUCCAGCGGGACUGUUCCAGGCAGCUCACUUGGGAGUCCUCCUUCCAUCCCCGGUGAGGUUUUCCCCAUCUCGGAGCACCGCCGGCACUCAGACCUCACUGCUCCACCCAACAGCCCCACUGGCCACCAUCCACAGCCAGUGUCACUGAUCCCAUCUCACUCUGGAUCCUUUGGUUCACCAUCCCACCCACACCUGCUGCCCACCACCCCCUCAGCACCAUUCCCUGCGCAGGUUUCAGAAUGCCCUGUUGCUGCUGCUGCCGCCCCACACACCCCAGGGGCAUGUCAGAGCCCCCACCUGCCUUCCACCAGCAUGCCGCUCCUGAAGAUGCCUCCUUCUUUCUCGGGGUGCAGCCACCCCUGUAGUGGGCACUGCAGUGGGCCUCUGCUCCCACCACCAGGCUCACAGCAGCUUCUUAACACUCACAGAGACUCCGGGUGCAAGGGGCACAAGUUUACACAUAGUGGCCUGGCCUGCCAACUGCCCCAGCCCUGCGAGGCAGAUGAGGGGCUAGGCGAAGAAGAGGACAGCAGCUCAGAGCGUAGCUCCUGCACCUCGUCCUCCACACACCAGAGAGAUGGGAAGUUCUGUGACUGCUGCUACUGUGAGUUCUUCGGCCACAAUGCGCCACCCGCUGCCCCGACGAGUCGGAAUUAUACCGAGAUCCGAGAGAAGCUCCGUUCAAGGCUGACCAGGCGGAAAGAGGAGCUGCCCAUGAAGGGGGGCGCCCUGGGCGGGAUCCCUGGGGAGCCCGCCGUGGACCACCGAGAUGUGGAUGAGCUGCUGGAAUUCAUCAACAGCACGGAGCCCAAAGUCCCCAACAGCGCCAGGGCCGCCAAGCGGGCCCGGCACAAGCUGAAAAAGAAGGAAAAGGAGAAAGCCCAGUUGGCAGCAGAAUCUCUAAAGCAGGUGAAUCGUGGUGUUUCUGGAAGCCAGGAGCUGAGGCCUGCCAGGGAGAGGUUUUUGGAGUGGCCUGACCAGGAGCUGGAUCGGGUCAACAGCUUCCUGAGCAGCCGUCUGCAGGAGAUCAAGAACACUGUCAAGGACUCCAUCCGUGCCAGCUUCAGUGUGUGUGAGCUCAGUAUGGACAGCAAUGGCUUCUCUAAGGAAAGGGCUGCUGAGCCUGAGACCCAGAGUCUACCCGCCUUGAACCUCAAUGGCUCCUCAGGGCACCGGCCUGACGUCAACCUUGACCUGUCCCCUUUGACUUUGGGCUCCCCUCAGAACCACACGUUACAAGCUCCAAGCGAGUCAGCCCCACCAUGGGCAGAAAUGAGAGGCCCCCAACCACUGUGGACAGAGGUGAGGGGCCCUCCUCCUGGUAUCAUCCCAGAGAAUGGGCUAGUGAGGAGACUCAACACCGUGCCCAACCUGUCCCGGGUGAUCUGGGUCAAAACACCCAAGCCAGGCAACACCAGCUCUGAGGAGCCAAACCCAAAGGAAGUCCCUAGUGGCAAGCAGGAGCUACCUGAGCCUAUGGCCUCAGGUGGGAAGCCGCGGAAAGGCAAGAGACAGGGUGGUCAGGCUAAGAAGAGUGAGGCAACUCCAGCCCCCAGGUCCUCAGCCAGCCUGGAGGCUCCCGGUGCUAAGGGCCAGACCUCCAGCCCCAAGCAGCCAGGCAAGACCCUGGAACCUCCCAAAGUGGGCUGCUGUGCUGAGGCCGGAGAGGGGAGCCCGGGAAACCGGCCAGAACCAGGCUGGGCUAGCAGCCCAAAAGCCGACAAGGAAAAGGGCAGCUCUUGGCGAAACUGGCCAGGUGAGGCCAAGGCACGGCCUCUGCAACAGGAGUUUGUGCAGCCCUCAGGCCCAGCAAGGCCACAGAGCUUGCCGCAGGGCAAGGGCCGCAGCCGCCGGAGCCGCAACAAGCAGGAAAAGUCGGCCUCCUCCUUGGACGAUGUGUUCCUGCCCAAGGACAUGGAUGGGGUGGAGAUGGAUGAGACUGACCGGGAGGUGGAAUACUUCAAGAGAUUCUGUUUGGAUUCUGCAAAGCAAACACGUCAGAAAGUUGCUGUGAACUGGACCAACUUCAGCCUCAAGAAAACCACUCCUAGCACAGCUCAGUGAGCCCCUGUGGGUCCAGCUUCUUCAGGUGUCCUGAGACCCCCAACUGCCAGCUGAAGGUCUACAGUUUCUUCUUCCUCCAUAUCCCCACCCACCUGCCCAAGACCCUCCUUGCUUCCUGCCAUCCUGGACCAACCAAAAGCUGAGCGGAUGCCCUGCCGGGCUGGGGCCCCUCAGGACCUCCACAGAGCCGCCUCCUGGUGCUAUGCAGCCUCCACACUCAGAGCCCGGGGGCUGGGCUGGGCUGGCCUGUGGGCCAGGGGCUGAUGGUACUGCUGGCCCAACACUGCUCUUUUUGUGUUUGGUUUUUUUUGUUUUUGUUUGUUUGUUGUUGUUUUUUAAUUCUUUACUUUUGAUACUGUGAAGAUCUUUCCUGCCGAAAGAUAAAGCAACUUUUGGACACAGA